AUGUCCUGGUCCGACAGCAACAAAGACAUGUCUAUGCACGACAUCAAAUCCGUUCCAACUAGCAAUAGUGGUCCGCAAGCUAGCGUCAAGGAAGGCCACAUGGCAAGAGCUAAGCCGGAUAUAUUGCGUGAUCUCAGCGAUGAACAGAUGGAAGCGGCCUCUCGCAAGCUUGUCCGCAAGCUCGACGUGCGCUUGAUGGCCCCCCUGAUCCUGAUGUACAUCAUGAACUACCUCGACCGCAACGCCAUUGCCGCUGCCAGGAUCUCCGGCAUCGUGGAAGACCUUGACCUCACAGACUCGGAAUUCCAGACUUGCGUUAGCAUUCUAUUCGUGGGCUAUAUUCUCAUGCAGGUGCCGUCCAAUCUAUUCUUGAACAAGAUCGGGCGUCCGUCUCUGUAUUUGCCAGCAUGCAUGAUUGUUUGGGGCGUGCUUUGCGGCGCUGCAGGCGCAGUUCACAACUUCGGAGGCCUGGUGGCAGCUCGGUUCCUUCUUGGGUUCGUUGAGGCGGCAUACUUUCCAGGGUGCAUGGUGUGCUUGACGACCUGGUAUACCAGGAAAGAGUUGGCAUUUAGGACAGCUCUGCUGUACUGUGGCUCUCUUAUAUCUGGUGCUUUCAGCGGCUUGAUUGCUGCUGGAAUCACCCAUGACCUUGACGGUGCCCUUGGAUUGGCGGCGUGGAGAUGGCUCUUCAUCAUUGAGGGCGCCAUUACUGUGGUGAUCGCCUUCGGCGUAGUCUUGAUCCUUCCCGACUUCCCGAUCAACACGAAAUGGUUAUCGGACCAGGAGCGGGCACUCGCCACAUACCGACUAUUCGUCGAUGUCGGUGAGGAAGAUUGGGUCUCCUCCGAGGAAGAAAGCCUCUUCGUUGGUCUCAAGCAGUGUCUCGGCGACUACAAGACCUACGUUCUCAUUCCGCUUGUGUUCGGUGUUGUCUCGUCUGGGACGAUCAACUCCUACUUUCCCUCCGUGGUCUCAACACUCGGAUAUAAUCGGACCAACACUCUCCUUCUAACGGCCCCACCGUAUCUACUAUCGUGCAUCGUGGCGCUUGGCGUCUCGCUCAACGCGGACCGCACUGGUGAGCGAUAUUUCCACUUCACGCUACCCGUCUGGGUCUCAAUCGCUGGCUUCAUCAUCUCCGCUGCAGCCGUCAACCUGCCAGCACGAUACUUUGCGAUGAUGAUCAUGUUGCCCGGCGUCUACACCGCAUUCACUCUCGGCUUGACCUGGGCUGCCAACACGAUCCCGCGCCCACCGGCGAAGCGAGCUGCGACACUGGCUCUGUGCAAUGCCUGCGCCAACUGCAGCAGCGUGUACGGCCCGUUCAUGUAUCCGGCUUUCUCCGCCCCCAGGUACGGCAUAGCCAUGGGCGUCAACGCUGGCACGGCGCUGAUGUCCAUCAUCGUGGCCACCAUUUUCCGCUUGAUCCUGAAGAAGUUGAACCGCGAGCUGGAUAUGGCCGAAGGGGUUGUGGCAAGUGGGGACGAGGAAGGCAAAGGGCGGGACACGUCCAGGGCGAGGGGUUUCCGAUACCUCCUGUAA